AUGAAGUUUCAAUCAAUUAUCGUAUUCAUAAUCGUCAGUCUGGCUUUUGGAAGCCAUGUUCAAGCAUUAUGCGAAAUCUUUCUCAAAGGCACUUAUAAACAUCAAACUGGUGGACAGUCUGGUUGCUUCGGAGCUGAUUUCAAUGACCCUAUAAGUGUUGCCAGUGUUAGCAUACCUCGCACUAGCUACAAAUUUUAUUCUGGCUAUAACUGUAAAGGAUCGAUUCUUGCUACUGGCAUUGACACCACUAACUUUGAUCCUCGCAUACAAUUCAA